AUGGCUGAGGCAAGGCUGCAGGAGGAGGCUGGGGGAAGCACCACCUCCCUUGGGGGGGGUUUGGUCUCUGACCUCUUUGCCUGCCCCCACAAGGAGUGUGGUGCUGUGUUUGGCAAGGAGAGGAGGCUACAGAAGCAUCUUGCUGUGCACGUGGAGGAGAUGGCUCCGCAGAGUGACCAGGCUGGCCGUGGCAAGAGAGUCCGCCGCAGAAGCUCCCUGCAGACGCCCAAGCUGCAGCAGGGUGCUGCCAGGCUGAACAGCUGCUUGGAUGUGGACUGCAAAUCUGCCUCUGUGCCCAAGAACCACCUGCCAAAGCACUGCAGGGCCCAGCAUGGUGCAGAGAAGUCCUUCCAGUGCAGCUACCAAGGCUGUGAGAGCACCUUCAGGAAAAAGAAGGCCCUCCGGGCCCAUUGGACCGAGCAUACCACGGUGCUGCCGUUUGUGUGCCAGGAGCCCGGCUGCGCUAUGAAGUUUGCCAGCGCUGCCAAGAGGAAAGCUCACCAGAGGAAACAUGCUGGAUACCUGUGCCCCAAGCCGGACUGUGGGACGGUCUUGUCCACCUGGACAGCGCAUCAGAAACACCUGCAGCAGCAUCCUGUGGAGUACAAGUGCCAGUUGUGCCCGAAGAUCUUCAAGAAGCCGGGCGGCCUGCGGCGGCACAAGUCCUUCCACAGCCGGCAGAAGCGGGCGCUGCCGAAGCCGACGUGGGCGUGCCCCAAAUCUGACUGCCAGGCCUCUUUCACCACCGUCUUCAACCUGGAGAGCCACAUCCGGAAGGUGCAUCUGCAGCUGCUGAAGUAUCGUUGCUACUUCGCUGGCUGUGAGAAGGCCUUCGCCAUGCGGGAGAGUCUAAUCCGGCACCUGACGGUCCAUGACCCCACAAAGAAGAAACUGAAGCCGCAGUGCUGCCGGCCCAGCAGGAAGAGCCAGCAGCGGCUGGGCGCCCGGCAGCGGGUGCUGGUGGAGGAGAACCUGAGCCAGCUCUUCAGCCAGAAGCUCUAUGUGCGACUCAAGCGCAGCCGGUCGGGCUUCCCGGCGGGGGAGGAUGGCCCCGGGCGCCUGGGCCACACAUUCCUCCUGCGCGUCAAGGCCAAGCUGGAGAGCGACCUGUCAGGGCUCUUCAACGAGCGCCCCGGCCGCCAUGCUGUGGAGCCCGAGGUGAACCUCAGUGCCCUCUUCCAGCUGCCCCCAACUACCAGGCCGCAGGAGGUGGCCUAG